AUGUCCUCGCCUCCCCCAGACAACAUCCUGCUGGACCCAUUACCCGAGCUGACGGCGGCGCUCGAGUCACACGCCUUUGGGCUCACCUCGUUCUCCAUCCUCACGGGCGAGAGCUACCCGCGCAACGAGCAGGAGAGGGAGGCCGUCAGGGCCCAGCAUGCGAGUACGGGCGGGACGGAGGGGGUUGUGGGCCGCGCAAGGCUGGUGCUGCUGGCCGGCGAGGGGGUCGUCCUGGUGAGGUUUGACCAGAGGGGUUACACUGUCGAAUCCACAACACCGACGCGCGACGCCGCGAUUCCGGAGGACCAGCGGACAUUCGAGUCGCUCGACGCACUGCUCAUCGCCCUUUCCCCGGCCUACGUGGCCGCCAUGCAGAGCGAGCUCAUGAAGCGGUUCGAGGGUGGGCCGGGCCCGAGUCGGUGGCGGGAUCUGGACGACAGCGAUGGAGACGGUGCAGAGGACGAGCCGGCGUGGAUCGACUAG